GAAAUCAUAUACAUGUAGUUUGCCAUGAUGUAGUGGUGACGAUGGGAUGCGCCUCCACAUGCGUCCCACAAUAAUAAUUGUAAGGAGAAAGCAAUCCAUAUCCAAAUGCAAUGCAUGCACGCGUUGGAAAGGUGGGAGAAAUCCCAUAAUACUGCAAUACGUUAACCAAAGAUUAAGAUUUUAAGAAAAUGUAUAGUUGGUAUUUGGGAUCAGGACAAGGGCUUGCCUACCACUCCCAACCUCCUUUAAUGAUUUAAUUACCCAACAUUAGGUUUUUUUUUUUAAGGAUUGUAGUAAAAGAAUUGAUGGGUUUGACAGAAAGUAUAGAUGGGAGUUUAAGAUAGAGGAGGAUAAAUUAGUUACGUGCCUGCAUGACGUGCGCGGCCAUGCAAUUCACAAAUUAAAACCCACGUCUUCGUUUUUUUUUGUUUUAUCAGAGUUUGGGUGUGGGAGAGGAUGGAAUUUUGAUGAAAAUUUUGGUGUGGGUGGUGUUAUUGUCUGUGGGAAUUUUUAUUUGGGGGAUCUGUAAUGGGGGAGGGAUCGAAAGUAUGCUUCAAUGAGAAAUGCGGUGCCUCUCUGUCGGCGAGAUGUAAGAGCGGAUGGCCGCUUCGCUCAGGGAAGAUUGCAGAGCUCUGUGACGAUUGCGGUUCCAUAUAUGAUCAAAAGAGAUUCUGCGAUACAUUUCACUUAGAAGAUGAAGGUUGGAGGACUUGUAAUGUGUGUAAUAAGCGUAUCCAUUGUGGAUGUAUUGCCUCUGCUUAUUCAUUUUCACUUGUUGAUACUGGAGGAAUUGAGUGCGUCAACUGUGCCAGUAAGAACAAUGCUAAUUCAGCAUCAAACAGCACCCAGCAUCCAUUUUUGUUUCCAUGUAAGCAACCCCAAGAUGUAGCUGUAAAUAGUUGGAACGAGGCUUUUGGAAGCAGGAUUUCUCAACACCCUGAUACUAGACAGUGGUUACAAGUUCCUAAUCUGUGGCAGUCUACAAAUGGUCAGUCAGAUUUAUCAUCCUUGCAGCGAAUGGCAGAAGUGGACAGAUCAAAUGAAAUUAGUCAAUCACUGGUAAACAAUAUGGGUGAACAAUCCCCAGUUGGUGUUUUGAACACGAUGGAUGUUGACCUGUCUGAGAGAAUCAAGAAUAAGGACUUAAAGCUAGGUAUUUUCAAAAGUUCUUGUCAGAGUGGUCUUGAGGCAGUAAAAGAUGUUAAUGUCUCUGGUUAUAAUGGGAUGGAAUUGCUUCGAGGAAACCAUGCCAAACAAGAAGGGAUUGUGGAAAGCAAGCUAGAGUCAGACAUUUUGACUGGAGCAGCUAGGUCCGUUGAAAAUAUAAAAGUUGGACUAAAUUCUGUGUCCAAUAUAGGCAGGAUUUUAGAAGUUGAUAAUAAUUUGGAAGAACCAGCAAGUUCUCGCUUGAAUAUAUCAUUAGGAUCUCUACUUUCAAAGGAUGAUCCAUCAACUGCAUUCUUGGGGUUGGCAAUCUCUUCUGGGUCUCCAGAUGAAGUGAAAGAAUUGAGUAAAGUUUCUGCUGCGCAUCCGCAGCGCCAGCGACGUCAGAUCUUGCCCAAACCACUUCAUGCAAGCCCUAGUACUGGUUCGGAUUCAUCAAAAGAUAUGCAUCCUCAAAUACGUGUUGCACGACCACCAGUAGAGGGAAGGGGUAGAAAUCAGUUACUGCCUCGAUAUUGGCCACGAAGCACUGAUCAAGAACUACAACAGAUAUCUGGAGAGUAUCCUUCAUCAGACUUUUACAACUCAAAUUCUGUUAUCACCCCUUUAUUUGAGAAGAUGCUGAGUGCAAGUGAUGCAGGUCGCAUAGGACGUUUAGUGCUCCCAAAAGCGUGUGCUGAGGCAUAUUUUCCUCCAAUAUCACAGCCAGAAGGGUUACCUAUAAGAAUUCAGGAUGCCAAAGGCAAAGAUUGGGUCUUCCAGUUUCGGUUUUGGCCUAAUAAUAAUAGCAGGAUGUAUGUUUUGGAAGGGGUAACACCUUGUAUUCAGUCGAUGCAAUUGCAAGCUGGUGACACAGUGACAUUCAGCCGGAUUGAUCCUGAAGGAAAGCUUGUAAUGGGCUUCAGAAAGGCAUCAAAUUCAGCAUCUCCCCAGGAAGCUCAACCAUCGACAACUGGCAAUGGGACCUCACCUAGUGGAGGACUAACCAAUGGAAGCAUUGAAAAUGUAUCUGCCCUCGAAAACUUUUCAGGGUUUCCCCUACAAUCCAUAAAGGGAGACGCAGAAGCAAAUAUGAAUGCUUUUGCAGGCCAGUUCAAUGUCCCCGAUGCAGGAUUUAGUUCAUAUAAAAUUAAUAGAGAGCAAAAGCCAAAAGAAAACCCAAAUUUUCAAUCUUUGUUAUUACCAGACAAAAGGAAAAGCUAUACCCUUGGUUCAAAAAGUAAACGCUUACGAAUAGAUAAUGAAGAUUCAUUAGAGUUGAAGCUAACAUGGGAAGAAGCUCAAGACUUGCUCUGUCCUCCUCCAAGUGCUGUACGUAGUGUUGUGAUGAUUGAAGGCCACGAGUUUGAAGAAUAUGAGGAGCCCCCAGUAUUUGGAAAAAAGACUAUUUUCACUACUAACCAAUCUGGAGAAAAGGACCAGUGGGCUCAGUGUGAUGAGUGUUCUAGUUGGCGUAGAUUGCCUGUGGAUGCCUUUUUGCCUCCAAGGUGGACCUGUGCUGAUAAUACAUGGGAUCCUAAGAGGUCUUUUUGUUCAACACCUCAGGAAAUGACCUCAGAAGAACUUGGAAAUCUUCUUCAGUUGACGACAGAAUCGAGAAAAGUGGAACCUCCUGAGGGACAGAAGAUCACAGAGGUUUCAUCAGGAUUGGAUACACUAGCUAAUGUAGCAGCUCUGGGAGAAGGUGCAACUGCGGCUGUACCUCCCUUAGCUGCCGCAACUACAAAACACCCUAGACAUAGGCCAGGGUGUACAUGUAUUGUUUGUAUUCAACCUCCUAGUGGAAAGGGGCCUAAACAUAAGCCAACUUGUACCUGCAAUGUCUGUAUGACAGUCAAGCGUAGAUUCAAGACACUUAUGAUGCGUAGAAAGAAGCGCCAGUCAGAGAGAGAAGCAGAAAAUGCAAAGAAAAAGCGUACAUGGACAAAGGAAGAAGGAGAGGUCAACAGUGGAUCUAAUUGGCAAUCUGAUAUGUGCUCACUUCCUGAAAAUUUUUCAAGACUAGAGCAAUCAACAUUAGCAUUCAGGGAAGGGUUGACAAGGGUCAAUAACUUUGCUGGAGAUGAGGUGAAAUCAUCCUCAGAAGCAAAUUUACCAGGUUAUGAAAAAGGGCCUAGAAUAAACAUAGAAAAUAGUACAUUAGGUAAAGGUCAGAUUGAUUUAAAUAGUCAUCCAGCACGUGAUGAGGACCCCUCACGAGCAGUUGGUCGUGUGAGCAUGAUGAGGCUUCUUCAAGAUGCUAGUUUACCUCUUGAUAUGUAUCUAAAGCAACAUGGACUUACUAGCUUACUAAGUCCUCAACAGGUAACUAUGUCUCCUAUGGGGUUUGAAAUGAGUGCAAGUGAACAAAGGGUUGAGCAAAAUUGUACUCCAUCUAAUGCUCAAAAUCAGGAUCAAGUCCAGGAAGAGCAGUUAUUAACUGCAAACGGUGUGAAAAAUGAUGUUACAUCUGUUUCUACUUAAAGCUGAUACUGAAAGCAAGUUCUACCAGAACAAGUUUCAAUUGUGGCUUAGAUUUGUCAAUGCUCGAGGGCAGAGAUAAAUUGCUCCAGUGGAUGAUAUUUCGAACCUCUUACAAUAGGAAACUGGAUUGCAAAAAUUUCUUCAUCUUUACCCGUCAGAGGUUUAUCAACACGUGUAGUCUGAGAGGCUGAAGUAAGUUUGUGUUUGUCAACCUUGACUGGUUAUCAAAUUAUUGAUGAAGGAAUCAAGGAAGGGGAUUUUGUUACCUGUGGAUUGGUGGCAAGCAUCCAUUUGAUAAAAAUCUAAUGUAUAGUAAGUAAUUCUUUUGUUGUGAUGUAAUUUAAAAAAUGUAUUCAGAUAAUUUUCGGGACUAUAUGCCAUCGUUUGCUUUAGAUCCCUCUUGAUUCCAGGCAACAAGUAUUUGGCGGGAUCUCUACAAAUUGCUGCAUUUUGCGACAUAGUGGUCCACAUGACUCUAGAUGGAAAAUGGGUGAACAGUACACUGACAGUUAUUCUGUUGGUGGCAUAAGUUUUCUUACCCAUCACUGAUCCCAAGUUGCUGGCAACAUCCCACUUAAAUUUCGGAGGAGAAAAUGAUUGUAUAGACCUUGAGAAAGGAUGGUUUAUUUGUAAUACAAGAUUUGAUUUCUUGAUUUAAGAAUUUAGAAACUUGUAUUCAUGGCCACUUAUGAGAGGAGCAAGCAAGAUAGAGUUGCAGUGAUUAUUUUAAGGAAUUCGUUCUCAUAUUACAGCCUAUAAGUCAUUGAUCCAUUGGUUCACCCUUUCUAUUUUAUUAUUAUCUUUGAAAAGUUAAUAAAACCUUUUUAACCUGAUAGUUUGCUACUA